GUUGGCCGCCAGCGCUUCGGCGCUGUGCAUCGGUCUUAACUUUGGCUCCCCGCCACAUCCAACCGUCUAUAUCUUGUGUAUCCUUGCCGGUUGCAGCUUCCUGCAGGCUGCUGCACUGCGCCUGUGCCGACCGAAAAGGUCUGAGUGCCUGAAUAGUUACUGGCAGUCGAAUUUUGUUUCUCACCUAGAAAGGAUCGCCUUCUUAUUGGUAACUAAACGAGUUGUAUUUAUUUGAGAUAAGAACUAAAUAUGGCCCGUACCAAGCAGACCGCCCGUAAGUCUACCGGAGGAAAGGCACCCCGAAAGCAGUUGGCCACCAAGGCCGCUCGUAAAUCGGCGCCAUCCACUGGCGGAGUGAAGAAGCCCCAUCGUUAUCGUCCCGGUACCGUGGCUCUUCGUGAGAUCCGUCGUUACCAGAAGUCGACCGAGUUGCUCAUCCGCAAGUUGCCCUUCCAGCGCCUGGUGCGUGAAAUCGCGCAGGAUUUCAAGACCGAUUUGCGUUUCCAGUCGGCGGCCAUCGGAGCCCUGCAGGAAGCUUCUGAGGCGUAUUUGGUGGGUCUCUUCGAAGAUACCAACUUGUGCGCCAUCCACGCCAAGCGCGUGACAAUUAUGCCGAAGGACAUCCAGUUGGCGCGCCGCAUCCGUGGCGAGCGUGCUUAAGCAGGAUCACUAAGAACAGAAGGAUCACAGUCCAUCCCCGAGCAGACAAUUCUGAUUUAUAUUUCGUUAAGGGAGAGGACCCAAAAGAAGGAGCACCAGCGACAUUUUGAUCCAAUCUUAUCAUUCAUAUUUGCGUGUAUACAUUUAUCAUCCUUUUGUUCAGUUGCCGUCGGAUCGUCGAAAUGACGAUGCUAAAACCAACGCCACACAUAAAACACACAAUCACAACAUUACUUUAAUGCUAAAAAUAUUUGUAACUCUUAUUAUUACUAUUAUAUAUUAGUUAUUAAGUUUUUUUUUCUCGUCUGCGUCGACGGUUGGAACGUCCUUGAACUGCGCUACUUUUCCCCGAUUCCGGAUCCAUCUUCGGAAAGGAUUUCCCCCGGGCAGCCGUCGUUGCCUGUCCGUCUGCAACAUCCGCCACCAAAAACUCCAACAAUUGUCUGGCUGGCGGGCCUUGAUUUCCAGUAAUCCGUGGUCUUAAAGGCGCCUGGUCUCCCACUUUGGGGGAUCUCAACAUCUGGCUGCCGGGACUCGCGGACCUGGAGGUUGGGGCCAACCUAACACGUGCCGCCAGCUGGGCGUGGCAAGGCGGACAGACGGUGUCGGAUUACUGCCCGGCGGGAUUCCCGGAUUUGCGAAGAGGCGGCGAGGGCGUGGCAAUUGGACGGACAAUCUGAAGACGCAUGACCUUUUAACAUAUGAAAUGGUAUCCACAUAUAACACCGAAGACCGAAUUGAGUACACUUAAAAAUACACUUACGUAUAUAAAUAUAUAUAUAAAUAUAUCUAUAUAGAAAACGAAAA